UUAUUGAUAAACAACUCCCCAGAUGAUGUCAGAGGCUUAGUGAUGAAGAGGUUUAUCGUCUACGAUGAAGUGUGUGUGUGUGUGUGAUAGUCCUUCAAACACCUGUCAGUGCUUCAGAGAGCCGGGGUGGACCUCAGAGAGAACACCCGACAGACGGUUAUUUUGGUGAGCAUGAGCACUCUGGAGGAUGUCCCAUUUCAGACCCUACUGGGUCCACUGGAGGAGGAGGUGCAGCUCGUGACAGCUCCAGACAUCACUGUACCAGACUGCCAACAGAUUCUGCAAGAUAAUGAGUAUGGAUUCAACCUGGAGAAAUGGAUUACAACUGGGAAGCAGUCAGUGCAUCAGGCCCCAUCCUGCCCCCCCUACUGGAUGAUGUUCUGCAGCCCUCAGGAGAGUCACAGGGCUGGCCGCAGGAGCAAGGACGGCGGGGCCCCAAGCCCUCGGCCCCGCAGUCACAGCCUGAACUCAGCUGACACUCGCUGGCUGCGCCAUCGCACUGUAAAGUUCCUCGUAUCUGACUCUGAGGAUGAAGACGGUUACAAUGAGGAUACUGAAAACUCCUCCACUGAAGAUGCUCCUCAUCCCUUCAAGAGCAGAGAGUGGCCACGGAGCGCUGCACCCAAAGACCCAGUCUCCAGAGUCAAAGACAUGCACCUUUGUCCUUCCACUCAACACUGUAAGCCUGACUCACCUCGGAGCGUCAGAGGCCACAGAGGGGCUUUACCUUCACUCCAUGACAGCAGACAACCUCUGAGAGCAAUGGAGCAGCACCGGCCACUGCAGGCCAGCCCCCUUCUCUCAGGGCAAAAGAACAGCAAAAAGAAACAGCGUUCACUGAGUUCUGGCAGCAGAAAGUUCUCCCAAAACACACCACCUGCCGGUCCCUCACCAUGCAGGCUGCCGAAGCAACGACCCUCCUCUGCAGGGCCUGUUGUCAAGAACCACAGACAGAAGACCCUGAGGACAGGCGGCCCUUGUGGGGUUUUCUUCGAUUCAGCAGCAGAGUUGUUGUCAGCACUCAGCCAGGAAGAAAGGGAGCUACUUGAAACCAUCACAGAGAAGGGAUACCCUCUACGUACAGCUAUUCUGGCCCUGCAGAAGACAGGCUACCACAGUCCAGAGAAGAUCCUAAAAUACCUGAAGGCCAGUGACCGUCUGUGUGAGCUGGGUUAUCAUGAAGCUCAGGUGGAGGAGGCCUUGGAGAUGUUUCAGAACUGUGAAAGCAAGGCUGCUGAGUUCCUGCGUCUUCUGACUCAGUUUAAUGAGAUGGGCUUCCAGCAAAGUGCAAUCAAAGAAGUGCUGCUUGUUCAUGAAAAUCACCGGGAGAGGGCGCUCGAAGAACUCAUGACACGCAUGGCUUAAUCUUUUCAUUUCUAGUCUACAUGGAGAAAUGAUCAUUUUCAUAUCUAAAUAAAAAAAAAAAGAAAGAAAAGGUAUAUGUACCAAUGACACUAUCAAAUACUUAAAAGCUACCGCCUUCUGAAUCAGGGUAAACUAAACAUGUACAACUCAACUGUAGGAACUAGUUUUAAACCAUUCAGUUAAACUAUAGGAGGCAACAAGAUAAACAGACACACUCUUUUAGAUGCACGUUUUUUAGAACGUUUAUUUACAGCUCAACUUUAAAAAGAAGCAUUCAAAAUAUUUAGAUCCUGAAGAGAAAAUAUAGCUGUCAUUCCAGCUGGAGGAAGAAAAUCACGAUGCACUGGGUAACUGCUGCAGUACUAAAAUAAUGUAGUGCUCUAGAUAUGGUAAAAAAAAAAAACAUUUUGCUUAUGAAGGCUGUCAACCUAAAU